AUGAUUACCACCUACUUGGAAUAUUUACAAAUAAUGUCACGUUACGAUCGCGCUGUUACCAUUUUCUCACCCGAUGGUCAUCUGCUACAGGUUGAAUAUGCCCAGGAAGCGGUGCGCAAAGGAUCCACAGCGGUUGGUGUUCGUGGUGCCAACUGUGUCGUCCUGGGUGUGGAGAAGAAAUCCGUAGCAAAAUUACAAGAAGAACGUACGGUACGUAAAAUUUGUUUGCUCGAUCAUCAUGUUGUAAUGGCAUUUGCUGGUCUCACUGCCGAUGCACGUAUUCUAAUUAAUCGUGCCCAAGUGGAAUGCCAAAGUCACAAACUGAAUGUUGAAGAUCCGGUUACAUUGGAGUAUAUUACAAGAUAUAUUGCACAAUUGAAACAGAAAUAUACACAGAGUAAUGGUCGUCGUCCAUUUGGUAUUUCUUGUCUGAUUGGAGGAUUUGACUAUGAUGGCACACCUCACUUGUAUCAAACGGAACCCUCUGGCAUCUAUUACGAAUGGAAAGCUAAUGCCACCGGCCGUUCAGCGAAGACAGUCCGUGAAUUCUUAGAGAAACAAUACAAAGAUGAAGAGGUGGCCACAGAAAAUGGUGCCGUUAAAUUGGCCAUUAAGGCUUUGCUGGAGGUGGCACAGUCUGGUCAGAAGAAUUUAGAAAUCGCAGUGAUGGAAAGAAAUAAACCCUUGAAAAUGCUAGAUGCUAAAACCAUUGAGGAAUAUGUUGCUGUCAUUGAAAAAGAAAAGGAAGAAGAGGCUGAAAAGAAGAAACAGAAGAAGUAA